CAUCUAAUGAAUUCGUACCUUCAAUAAUAAAUGCAUGGACCGUUCUGGCAUCCCUCUGCUUUGUAGUUCUAUAUCACUUAUUAGCCACCUAAAGACAAAGAGCUUGUUACGCUGACACCGUUAAUCCCGUCCUAUCCAACUAAGCAUCGCGACAGAGGAACGAACUCAAAUAAGAACCUUACCGAAUUACCAAACUCUAGCUACCUGUGACUAGUCUAUACCAGUAGUCAUGGCGAAAGACGUAGAGAAGUCAGCUAAGCUAAAGGAAGAUGGGAACCAUCAUUACCAGGCCGGCGACUUCCCAGGUGCCGAGGCCCUUUACUCGAAAGCCAUCAUUGCGGACGAAACGAACCCUUCUUUAUAUACGAACCGUGCUAUGGCAAGAAUACAACUAGGCUACUACGACUCUGCCAUAUCUGACUGCAACGAGUGUCUCAAGUUGAGCAAAGGCGAAAAUCUCAAGGCCCACUUCAUCCUCUCCAAGUGCCAAUUGGCCAUCAAGGACUGCGACGCCGCUCUAGAAAGCGCGCUGCAAGCCCACCGGCUGUGCGUCAAGACCAACGACAAGUCGCUGGGUCCCGUCACGGACCAGGUCCUACGUUGCAAGAAGGAUCGCUGGGACGAGAUGGAGAAGAGGAGGAUCCGCGAAGGCCAGGAGCUCGAAGGCGAAAUCAUUGCCCUCAUGGAGCGCGAACGCGAGGACAUGGUCAAUUCAUGUACCACCGAACUCGACAGGAAGCAAGUCGGAGAGGAAUGGGACCACAAGAUCGCUACAUUGCGCGAGACAUUUGAGAAGUCUAGAUCUGCGUCGGAACAGAAGCGCGAAGUACCUGAUUGGGCCAUUGACGAAAUAAGUUUCGCAAUUAUGGUCGAUCCGGUUAUGACCAAGACUGGCAAGUCGUACGAUAGAUCAUCUAUCAUGGAGCAUCUUCGACGACAUCCCAUCGAUCCCUUAACAAGAGAACCACUACAUCCUAGCGAAUUACGUCCAAAUAUUCAACUAAGGGAGGCCUGUCAAGAAUUCUUAGACAAGAACGGAUGGGCCGCAGAUUGGUAGGCGAGAUGAACUCGAGGGGGUCAUUGAAGGGCCUGAUAUGGCCAGUCGAAACCGUCGAUUAAAAGUCUCGACGGAAUUUAAUAUUUGAAGAAUCGGCAUUACUGGUUUAAGCAAGCUUUGCAUUACACGGCGUCUUGGGGGUUUAGUCCGGUCUCGCCCGGGUAGGAUAUCCGACUUAGCGUUAUGAUGAAUGGGAAUUCGAGGAAACGGUUAUGAGUGAUGAAGCGGUCUCCUUUUCCCUAUAUCAGUAUCUGUAUAUCUCGAUACGCCACUGCUUUCUCUGUAGAUAUACAGUAUUCAAGAUAUUUAAUAUAAGAUUAUUAGAAUCGGUUGUUCGUCAUUGACACUACCCGGGCUUUUGAGCAAGCUUCAAGCGCCUAAGUAAGAUGUGUUUCCCUCUUCAUGGGAUAUCAUAUGAAAGGGGGGCAUGGUAGGUAGAUACCUCCUUACAUCAAGUGCGAGAACUAGAACCAAUUAUGAUAUAAUAUGUACGACCUUGAUUCUCACUUUUAGUAUUGUUUUCUAGAUCUAUCAAUGAGUGUAUUUCGCGAUUUUAAUAAAGUUCUCUCUUGCAUCUUGGUUUACAUAGGUACCUAAGGAGUCAAACCUCCGAUAUAAG